AUGGACCACUCAAACCCAGAUGAACUCGACCUCUCGGAGGAGGACUUGCACAACGACCACAACGAUUACGAACUUGCCGAGGAUGCCACCAUGGCCGCAACCAUGGGUUUUACCAGUUUCGGUGGCACCAAACCCACGAAAGAAGAACGUAAAGAUGAUGAUGAUGAUCAUCACCUGUCCCGCCCAUCCAAGAAGCGUCGCCUCGACCACCAAUCCGACAUCCCGGGCCAGCAGGCAACGACUCACACACCCCACCGGGUCCAGCCUAACCCCCAACCCUCCACCACAGACGAGAUCACCUACACUGAUGACGAAGAUGACUUCGAGCUAGACACCAAAGCCGACCUCAACACAGGCGCGCCGCCCAUCCCGGCCCAGCCUCAACCAGCGGCGGCAGAAACCACAAGGGCAGCCAACGAAAGUGGGCGAAGCACCCCGUCCCAGUCCCUACCCCAAUCUCAAUUCCAAUCCCAGUCCCGUUCCCUACCCGAAAGGUUAAACACCACAGCCUGGACAACCAUGACCUCCAACCGCGGAGGCCGCGGGGGCGCCAGAGGCGGCGGCAGGCAAGCGCAAGGAGGAGGCCAUAACCCGCUCUGGUACGUCGACUACUACGACUCAAGCAGCAACGAGAAUCCUUGGGAGGGCAUGGAGAAGUAUAAGGGGCUGGCACCCGUGGGCAGCUGGGUGCCGAGGUACUGGGAUACCGCGGCCGCGGCCGCGGCCGCCACUGCUGGUGGUACUGCUCCUGGCGCCGGCGUGGCCGAUAAAUGUGGUGGUGGAAGUGCAGUUAGGAAAGGAGUUGGGGAAGAUAAUGUGGCCAUCCGCCUGCAGGCCAUCAUCACCCGCCCGAUCUUCCCGCCUGCCUGA